CCCCCAAAAAAUGGUUAGGUCUCCAUGCUGUGAUAACAUAAGCUUGAAGAAGGGGCCAUGGACAGCUGAAGAAGAUGAUAAACUCUUAGCUUACAUUCAAGAACAUGGCCAUGGAAGCUGGAGUUCCCUUCCCUCUAAAGCUGGGCUCCAAAGAUGUGGGAAAAGCUGCAGAUUGAGGUGGACUAAUUAUUUGAGGCCUGACAUCAAGAGAGGCAAGUUCAGCUUACAAGAAGAGCAAACUAUUAUCCAACUCCAUGCCCUUCUUGGAAACAGAUGGUCCGCGAUUGCAGCUCACUUGCCGGGGAGGACUGACAACGAGAUCAAGAAUUAUUGGAAUACUCGUCUUAAAAAGAGAUUGGAAAAAAUGGGGAUUGAUCCAAUCACUCACAAGCCCCAAAAUCUUGCCCUAAAUUGCUACCAAUCCAAAGAAAUAGCCAACAUUAGCCACAUGGCUCAAUGGGAGAGCGCUCGGCUCCAAGCCGAGGCUCGGCUUGUUCGGGAAUCCAAGCUCAUAUCCAACCCCUACUACCCCCACACCGCCGCUCCAACGCUGCUAGCACAAAUGCCGUCGCCCCGGCCUCCGUGUUUGGACAUACUCAAAGUGUGGGAAUGGACUAAUCCGGGUAAGGGCAUUUCUUCCAUGAUUCUCAACGGCUUUCCUCCCUCCAAAGCGGAGGAGAGCUUGCUCCCGACACCGACUGUUGGUUUUUCUGACGGAAUUUCAUCGUUCAUCGACGUAAAUUCCGUCAGAAAUGAUCAGAAUGGGGUGGGGGGCAGUAUGGGGAAUUUGACGGAACUCGAUGAUUGUAAUUAUGUUGAUCAAGAGUGCUUAGGGUUUCCUAGCUUCAUCGAUGGCCUAGAUCUCCCACGGGGCGUCGGAAAUUCCAAUAAUGCCCUCGGAAGUGGUUGGGGAGCUCUUGAGGAGGGGAAGGCUAGUUGCUGGAGCAACAUGUUUCAAGAUUAAACUAGAGCUAAAUCAGAUAUAUAAUUAAUUAAUACUAUAUAUACAUAAUUUUUACUAAUAAUUGGAGAUUUCGCUAAUUAAGUCCUUGGCUAAUUAAGUAGUGGUCUAUGUUUGAAUAGUUUCUUUCUAAUCAAUGUAAAUGUACCUUGUUUUGUUAGUAGAUAUAUUGGAUGCAAUGUUUUGUUUGCUGAUGUUAUUAUGUUUUUUU